CCCAACCACCCUCACACCCCCCACCCAACUUCUCUACUAUCACCAUGACCGGCGAGCCCAACAAGACCUCUGGCCAGUACCACUCCGUUAAGGGCAACGUCGUCGAGACCAUCGGCAACCUGACCGGCGCGACGUCCUGGACCAACUCCGGCAAGCAGGAGCACGCCGAGGGCGAGACCGAGUACAAGGCCGCCCAGGCCCAGGGCUACGCAGAGGGCACCAUUGACCGUGUCGGCGGCAAGAAGGACGCCGUUGUUGGUGCCCUCACUGGCGACCGCACGCAGGAGGCCUCAGGCAACCUCCGCCAAGACAAGGGCGAGGCGCAGCAGGAGCUGAACAAGAACGCUUAAGCAUUCGACGCUUUCUUUCUUGGGGGUCUUGUACGAUACAGCCGUGUAAUUUGCAAACAUAAUGUAUCAUAACCAACCAACUGCAACAUAUCUCUUCCGUUGUGCC